AUUGCGCAUUUCUCAUCAACCUGCAGUUCCAUUUCAAUAUCUGAUUGGAAAAUACAAGAAAUUUUCCCGGAAAAUCAUCUUCUCUGGUUCUAAAGCACAGGUUUCAGUAAAGGGUACCUUUGAAUUAAUCUAAAAGGCACAAUACAACAGAACUUAUAGCCAAAAGAAUCAGUUUGAAUCAAUGGCAUACGAAGGUGAUCUCAAUCUAAAGGCAACAGAGCUAAGGUUAGGGUUGCCAGGAAGCGAUGAACCUAAGAAACAAUCCGUUACUCCUAGCGUAAGGAGCAACAAGAGAGCCUCACCAGAAAUAUCAGAGGAGUCUAGGAUCAGAAGCAAUUCUAGUGUAUCGAUAGAUGAAAAUGGCGACAGGGAUAUUGGUGCACCUCCUGCCAAAGCACAAGUAGUGGGAUGGCCACCGAUCAGAUCUUACAGAAAAAAUUGCUUUCAAACGAAGCAAAAUGAGGUUGAGGUUGCAUGUAGAUAUGUAAAAGUAAGCGUUGAUGGAGCUCCUUAUCUGAGAAAGAUUGAUCUUAAGGUGUACAAGAGCUACCCAGAGCUCCUCAAGGCGUUGGAGAAUAUGUUCAAGCUAACUAUUGGUGAAUAUUCUGAGAGAGAAGGGUACAAUGGAUCUAACUAUUCUCCUACUUAUGAAGACAAAGAUGGUGAUUGGAUGCUUGUUGGAGAUGUUCCAUGGGAAAUGUUUAUCUGUUCAUGCAAGAGACUGAGAAUUAUGAAAGGAUCAGAAGCUAAAGGAUUGAGCUGUUUAUAGAAACUCAGCUAAGAAAUUAAGAGGAACAGACAGUUUGGCUUGUGUUCUCCAGGAAGUCAGAUCUCUUUUAGGGAAGAAGCUGAAACAGUUGGAUCUGAUCUUUCUGAAACGUUGGCCUUCGUCCUCCUUGGUUUUUGAUACCUUUAGAAAGUCUACAUAUAGUGGGAAAAAUAAUAUAAGGAAAUAUAAAUUUCGAGAUUUAAUUGUACAAAUGGGGUAAAAAAAAGCAGUAUUAGUUUAUAUAUCUCUAGAAUAUCGAUUUAUAUGUAUCAUCCAGGAAUUAUAAAUACAGAGUUAUAUAUACCAAAAUUUUAUUUUUGGGAGAAUUAUAUGCAUGUCAAUGGAAAACAUAAUAAAAGAAAGAAAAAAUAUUUUUUUUUUAUCAAAGGAAAGAAAAUACAUUACCCACCA